UCCUCCUCUUUUGCUCCCAGUUCUCUCUCGCAAUGGCCCCCGUCAAGAAGACCAAGAAGACCGUCGAGUCCAUCAACUCCCGUCUCCAGCUCGUUACCAAGUCUGGAAAGUACACUCUUGGUUACAAGACCACCUUGAAGACUCUCCGUCACGGAAAGUCCAAGCUCGUCAUCAUUGCUGGUAACUGCCCUCCUCUCCGCAAGUCCGAGAUCGAGUACUAUGCCAUGCUUUCCAAGACUCCUGUCCAUCACUACAAUGGCAACAACAUUGAGCUCGGUACCGCUUGCGGUAAGCUCUUCCGCACCUCCGUCCUUUCCAUCACUGACCAAGGUGACAGUGAAAUUCUCUCCACCCAACAGUAAGGAAAUGGAUGCGAUAGUGUCUAUCUAGGUAGCAACGUUGUUGUUGUAUUUGGGGGCAUUAAAAAAUUGGAAACUGAAAGUGUAAAGACAUUUUCUUUUUCUUUUUGUUUCAAAUAUUUUUUUAUUCUUGCCAUGUCGAUAGCAAUGCUUGACUAAUAAAGCCAACAAAAAAAAAAAAAACAAUGAAAACUUU